GCGGGCGCUGUUGUGCCAGUCAGACUAAGUUUCAAAAGAAAAUCUAUUUUCAGUUUCCCUGUGCGAAGCGCCGCCAGCAGAUACACGGGCCGAAAAUGAUUGAAGUUGACAUCUCGUCAGUGUGAGGCAUUCUCCCCACUUCAACUAUGGACGGCUCACCUGCAGAUUUCGCAAGUGCUUGCAACAACCCGACGGCCACUGAAGGCAGGAACGGCCAUUGCUCCUCAGUAUCCAGUCAGUCGAAGGAACAGUUCAAGAUGGAGAAAGGCAGCGAAAUGAGAAUAACUGAAAGUGCGCAAUUAGGCGAUUCGGUGGAGAACAGGGGUUUACUGGAAAGCAGUCAAAAGCUGAAACCGCAUGAAGCUCAGAGUUACCGCAGGAAGGCUUUGUGGGUAUCCUGGAGUUCCAUCGUCGUCACACUGUCCCUGGCCGUAGCCGCGUUCACUGUUUCUGUCAUGAGGCACAGUGCGUCAUCCUUCGGAUUUGCUUUUGAUGCCGCGUUGGAUGUGUUAUCUUCUGCAAUCGUACUGUGGCGUUACAGCAACGCAGCAGCUGUGCAUUCUGCCUAUCGAGAGAACGUAGCUUGUGUCAUCUUGGGCGUCAUAUUUCUCGUAUCAACUGUCUGCAUUAUUGGCAAAGCCAUUCAUGACCUUGCUUCAAAGCUGCUGCCAGAAGUGGAUGAUUUCCUUUUUAGUGUAUCCAUUGUAAGUGGAAUCCUCUGUAGUAUUUUGGCUAUGGUUAAAUUUAUGCUUGGUAGAGUCCUCACAAGCAAAGCCCUGAUAACUGAUGGCUUUAACUCCCUCGUCGGAGGAAUCAUGGGAUUUUCUAUACUGAUCAGUGCUGAAGUCUUCAAUCAUUAUGCUGGGGUCUGGUUCUUGGAUGGCACUAUAGGGAUUCUCAUUGGAAUAACUAUUCUUGCUUAUGGAAUAAAACUUCUAGUUGACACAAUCCCACGAAUUAAAGCAACUCAUAAUUAUGAAACCUUUGAGUGAUGGACACGAUGCCAGCCUAUAGUGAUGCACAAUUCCACAGGGAGGAAGAUAUUAAGACCUGGAAAUAAUCACUCAAGCAAAGCAAAUGACAGUAGUGACAGCAAAUAUGCUGCAGAUGCCCCAGUGUCUAGUUUGAGACAUAAAAUGGUGUUCCUUGCUCUGCCUAUUUGACAAGCAGUAAAAAGGUAAAAGGCAUAUUGUUAUUGAUUUAAAAACAUAGAUUAUAAUUAUCAGCUGGAAGAGAUAACACUUUUCCCACUCUACAAAUACACAUACACCCCCUUCCACUGCUGAUGUGGCCUACAGGUAGUAAAUUAGGAUUAUUGGAACCAAACUCAGCUCAUAUUCAUAUUCAGUGCUGCUCCUGACUGAAUUCCAGAAAACAUAUCAAAAUUACUCCCUUUCCUCAGAUUUUCUGUGAUAUAUAUACAUCUAGACAUUAAAUCUAUAUUGAUUUUUCCCAUAAAGCACAUUUUGAGUGCAUCAGUUAGCAAAAUCAAACCACAAUUCUGUCACC